CACAUCCUCUAUCCUAAUUACCUAAAUAAACAUAACAUUAGAACACAUUUUCUCAUUUUUCAUAUUUUCAUAUUGUUGUUGCUUCUUCUGCAAGAAACCCAUCAAUCUCCAUUAAUUUGCAGAAGAAACAACAACAAACAACAAUGGGGUUUGAUCCAGAAACCACCACCUCAUCAUCACAACAACACACCCCUCUUCUUUCUAAUGCACCUCCUCUUUCCUCAAAACUCAAAACCUUUGCAAACAUCUUCAUAUCAAUUGUUGGUGCUGGAGUUCUUGGUCUCCCUUAUAGUUUCAAAAAAACAGGAUGGAUAAUGGGUUUGGUCAUGCUUUUCUCUGUUGCUUUUCUCACUUACCACUGCAUGAUGCUCCUUGUCCAAACUCGUAGAAGGCUUGAAUCAAUCAUUGGGUUCCCAAAAAUCAAUUCUUUUGGUGAUUUGGGUUAUGCAACAAGUGGCCCUUUUGGAAAAAUUUGCAUUGAUUUCAUGGUUGUGCUUUCACAAUGUGGUUUUUGUGUUAGUUACCUUAUUUUCAUAUCAACUACUUUGGUAUAUCUUUCAAGUUCAUCAUCAUCAAUGUUUGGUCUCACACCAAAGGUUUUGUUCAUUUGGGCUUGUUUCCCUUUUCAAUUGGGUUUGAAUGCAAUUCCAAGUUUGACCCAUUUGGCUCCUUUAAGCAUAUUUGCUGAUGUUGUUGAUAUGGGAGCCAUGGGAGUUGUUAUGAUUGAGGAUAUUUUUGUCUUUUUGGAAAAUAGGCCACCUUUGAAAACUUUUGGUGGUUUAUCUGUAUUUUUGUAUGGUUUAGGUGUUGCUGUUUAUGCUUUUGAAGGAAUAGGAAUGGUUUUGCCUUUGGAAUCAGAAGCAAAAGAUAAAGAUAAAUUUGGUGGUGUUUUGGGUUUGGGAAUGGUGAUAAUUUCUUUGUUAUAUGGAGCUUUUGCUGCUUUAGGUUACUUUGCAUUUGGUGAAGAAACUCAAGGGAUUAUUACUACUAAUUUUGGACAAGGAAUGUUAAGUGCUUUGGUUCAAUUGGGUCUUUGUGUUAAUCUCUUUUUUACUUUUCCAUUAAUGAUGAAUCCUGUUUAUGAAGUUGUUGAGAGAAGAUUGUGUGAUUCCAAGUAUUGUUUAUGGCUUAGGUGGUUGUUGGUGCUUUUGGUGUGUUUGGUGGCACUUUUGGUUCCUAAUUUUGCUGAUUUUUUGUCACUUGUUGGGAGUAGCAUUUGUGUUAUUCUUAGCUUUGUGUUUCCUGCUUUGUUUCACUUUUUGGUGUUCAAAGAUGAAUUGGGUUGGAAGUGUUUGGUUUUUGAUGGAGCAAUUGUGUUGUUUGGGAUUGUUAUUGCUGUCACAGGAACUUGGUCUUCCUUAAUGGAUAUUCUUUCCACUUAGGCUUAAUUCAAAAAUAAUUAAGAGAUUAUAAAGUUGAGGUUUUUAUUCAUGGAGCUAGCAAUUGGGUUAGUUAAUUGUUUUAUUAAUGACAAUUGAGGGAGAUCUUGCUUCAAGCAAUGGCUUAGAAUGAUUUGUUACUUGGAUUAUCAAUUAGAUUAUACAUUGUAGUGUUUACUAAAAUUGAUGAUGGUCCACAACAAAAGCACCAACCUAUGAUUUUUGUUGUUGUUGCAUUCUGUUGUUUUUGUAACAGUUGCACCUUAUACUUUCUUAGUAUGUAUGAUGAGAAAAUGUAUAAAGAAAAAGAUUCAUGAUCUACCUGAUUCUUUUUA